AUGAAUCGGAUUCGAGGCAACUGGGAUCGUGAAUCAUGCGAAUUAUUCGAGGCAAGUUCAGAUUGUCGACUUCCGAACUUUGGUGUGGUUGCUGGAGGUUUCGGUAUAAACAUCUCUCAAACCAUGUUGUCUAUUGAUCGAAUUGUGGCGCAAUUCAGACUUCUGACCCAACAGAAUCGAGUUAGAUUAUCGAUUUUAAUGUGCACGUGUAGUGUAAGUAGCUUAACCUAUAAUUAAAAUUGUUUUUAUGUUCAGAGCGCUUUGAUGUUUGCUCUCCAACCAGUUCUCACUUAUUCUUCUGAUUUCAAUGAUCAAAUACCAAAUUGCUUAUAUCCUCCAAAUCACAGUCGACAAAACUUUGCAGAUUAUUUGAAUAUUUGGAUGUAUAUCUCAAUAAUCCACCUGGUCACCAAUUCAUUAAUCAUUUAUUAUAACAAAUAUCGCGCGAUGAAUAAUUUAAACAGAUUUCAGUUGGAAGAAAGAUUCAGAAUCUAUGAGAAUCUCAAGACAACUUCAGCCAUCUUGAUGUUAUGUAUAUUCAUUUCAUUGUGCAUAAUUCUAUACAACGCAAUUAUUCGAGUUCUUCCGAAAUUGAAUCUUGGGUUGACUUCUUCGCAACAAUUUUUGAUUUUGAACUUGGUCUACGCUCCGCCUUACGCGUGCUUCUAUGCGCCGGUGUUUUUAGUUCGAUUGAUGAGGAAUACAAAAUCGGAGAGAUCGGAUUCAAUUCGAACAAUGACUAAAAAAAUCGACACACAUGAUGCCUAUGUUAGAAGAAUGAAGCAGAUGUGGAAUUAA